GUUACUGUCUAAGGCGUUUGCCGGAUGUGGAGCAUGCGUACCAUAUCUGAAGUUGAUAAAUUGAAAUUGAACACGCGUGGUUAGCCUUUCUAAAUAGAAGAAGGGAAACGGGGGUUGAAAAAAGACUAACCCUCAGCAGAGCUCUUCGCAUAAGGAGCAAGCGCAUUUAUUUGUGCUAGGUGACCCACCCCCUUGUGUUUUAGGCUAGGCCUCGUUUGUGGCUUGGCAUGUCGAUAGUGACAGUACAGCUGGGGCAAUGUGGCAACCAGAUUGGCUUCGAAGUGUUUGAUACUUUAUUUAGAGACUCACACUCCUCCCAGGGACUCUGUUCCAAGAGAGAAAACGAGGCAUAUCAAGCAUCCUGCAAAGAAAGAUUUUUCAGAGAGGAAGAAAAUGGAGUUCCAGUUGCCCGGGCUGUUCUUAUUGACAUGGAACCUAAAGUUAUCAAUCAAACACUAUCAAAAGCUGCCCAGUCUGGCCGAUGGAAAUACGGUCAGCACACAAGCUUUUGUCAGAAACAAGGAUCUGGGAACAACUGGGCAUAUGGUUACUCCGUGCAUGGACCGAAGCAUGAAGAAUCUAUAAUGAACUUAAUCCAAACAGAAGUGGAGAAAUGUGACUCUUUGAGUGGAUUUUUCAUCAUAAUGAGCAUGGCUGGGGGAACAGGAUCAGGACUGGGAGCCUUUAUUACACAGAAUCUACAAGAUCAGUACUCCAGUUCCUUGAAAAUGAACCAGAUUAUAUGGCCUUACGGAACUGGCGAGGUUAUUGUUCAGAACUACAACUCCAUCUUGACUCUCUCUCACUUGUACCGGUCUUCAGAUGCCCUUCUCAUUCAUGAGAAUGACGUUGUCCAUAAGAUCUGCGCCAAGCGGAUGAACAUCAAGCAGAUCUCCUUCCGAGAUUUAAAUCGAGUUCUUGCCCACCAGCUGGGGAGCGUGUUCCAGCCUACGCACUCUGAGGACAGCUCGUUUCACUACUGCAGAAAUCCACUCGUUUCUGGAAUUGUGGGACCAGGCCUGCCUCAUGCCACAAAUGUUUGUCUGGUGGCUCUCUACUGUAGACCUAUGUUUCUGUCUACAAACGGAGACUUAAUGGAGCAUUUAGUUCCUCACCCUGAAUUUAAGAUGCUGGGCGUCCGUAACAUUCCUCAGAUGUCUGCGGAGUCUCUGGCGUACAGCACGUUUACCUGGGCUGGCCUCCUCAAGCAUUUAAGACAGAUGCUUAUUUCCAGGGCAAAAAUGGAAGAAGGUAUCGACUGGCAGGUGCGGCCUCCUCUGUCCGGCCUUCCACCUAUUGGCAAGGCGUUUGCCCACAAGGAACCUCACUUUAACACUUCUCUCGCUAACUUGGUCAUCCUCCGAGGGAGAGAAGUGCACAGUGCCGACGUGGAGGGUUUUAGAGACCCAGCUCUCUACACUUCGUGGUUGGAGCCUGCUGAUGCUUUCAGUGUCUGGAAAACCCCGCGACCCUUUGACAAGUAUGAGAAAUCUGCAGCCCUGGUCAGCAAUAGCCAGCUCCUAGUGAAGCCGUUGGACAUGGUUGUGGGCAAGGCGUGGAAUAUGUUCUCAUCCAAAGCCUACAUCCAUCAGUACACCAAGUUCGGAAUGGAGGAGGAAGACUUUUUGGACAGCUUUACAUUGUUGGAACAAGUUGUCGCCAGCUAUGGUAGUCUUUGACCCUAAGCCAAGAGGAAAAGCCCUUUAUCGG